UACUUGAAUAAGAAAAGGUGUGUCUUCGGAGCAAGAUUUCAUUUAAAUUCAACUUUCGCUUGAUUUAGACUAGUUAAGAAUUCGCUACCACUUCGAUUGAUCUACAGUGCUAAUAUCUAUUUCCCAUUUAAUAUCCCUAUGUAUUAUUAGGUCUAUUAAAAUGAAUGUUAUUUUUGGUUUUUUUGUCCUUACAAUAACCAGCCCAUUAAUUAUCGUGGCUGAUAAAAAGCUUGAGAAAGAUGAAGCCAGCAAUAGUGAUGAAAUAAGAAUUUACAAACGUCUUAUUCCUGCUGAUGUGCUCAGAGAUUUUCCAGCAAUGUGUUUUGCCUCCACAAGGUGUGCUACAGUUGAGCCUGGAAAGUCUUGGGAUCUGACUCCAUUCUGCGGCCGCUCUACGUGCGUACAAAAUGAGGAGAAUGAUACAAAGCUUUUCGAACUUGUAGAAGAUUGCGGCCCUUUGCCACUUGCCAAUGAAAAAUGUAAACUGGACACUGAAAAGACUAACAAAACAGCUUCAUUUCCAUAUUGUUGUCCCAUAUUUACGUGUGAACCAGGAGUUAAGUUGGAAUAUCCUGACAUUGGAAAAGGCACCAGCAAAGAAAAUUUGAAAUAAAUAUUAAAAUGUA